AUGAAAACGCGGUCCCUCCAGGACGUGGUGGGCAUCAGAAACAAGACCCAUGUGGCGAGCAUUGUUUCAGACCUCAUGCAGCGCCACUCAGAUCUGCAGCCACCCCAGAGCUUCGACAGCCAGUCAGACUCGGAGGCGGGCUCCGGCGCCGAGGGCGGCGGCAACGGCGGCGGCGGCGGCGCGGGGCGGCGGCAGGAGCCGCGGCCGCUGACGUUCUGCGUUGAGGGGAACAUCAGCGCGGGGAAGAGCACGUUUCUGCAGUACAUCACAGGGAAUGGGCUGGACGCGUCUUCUGUCGAGGUGGUCCCCGAACCUGUGGAGCAGUGGCAGAGCGUGCCCGGGCCGGGCGGGCACGUCAACUUGUUGGACGCGUUCUACAAGGAGCCGCAGCGCUACGCCUACACCUUCCAGAACUACGUUUUCCUGACCCGCAUGAUGCAGGUGGUGCGGGGUUCGAGGCCCGCCUGGGGCGUUGCUGACCGCGUUUUUGUCGCGCCGCAGCGGCAGGGCGCUGGUUUGGGCGGGGGCGGGCCCCUUUGGCCGGCCGCUUCUGCAGGCGGUUGUUGGGGGGACCCGACGGGCGGCAUUGUGGAUGUUGUGGAUUUAGGAGGCCUGGCCUGA